AUGGGCGUCACCAAGACCAUCAUCUUCGAAGGCAGCGGCGCCAGCCCCAAGGUUGGCCAGACCGUCACCAUUGAGUACACUGGCUGGCUCAAAGACACCAGCGCUCCGGACAACAAGGGUAAAGUCUUCGACAGCUCGACCCAACCUGGACGAGGUGACUUCCAGACCAGAAUUGGCGUUGGCCAGGUCAUCAAAGGCUGGGAUGAGGGUGUGUUGCAGAUGAAGGUUGGCGAGAAGGCCACUCUGGACAUUUCCAGCGACUAUGGCUAUGGCGCAAGUGGUUUCACCGGUCACAUCCCUCCCAACGCUGACCUUAUCUUCGAUGUGCACCUGAAGGCCGUCAAAUAA